AUGUCUGUUGCAUAUUUAGAUGAGAUCUACAAGAGCGCAAAAUUAGAUUCUCGCGGCCCGAAUAGACAUACCCAGGUUGAAGACGGCGAUGCCGAUAUUGAGGCUGGACCAGCUCUACCUCCCGAUGACGAGGAAGAAUACGGACCCACCGUCCCCAUCGACGAUGAAAAGGGUGACGACGAGGAAGGUCGCUUCUUUGGUGGUGGAAUAUCAAAGCAGGAAUCCGAGAUCCUCGAUUUUGUAGAAGGCGCCGACAACGGACGAGAACAAGACAAGAUUGAUGGAAGCUGGCUACGCAGAACUGCUCUAAAUUUUGAAAAGCAUAUCGCCAAAAACGCUGAAUUGCGCGCGAAAUUUGAAUCGGAACCACAGAAGUUCAUAGCGAGCGAAGCCGAUCUUGACGCCGACAUCAAAGCUCUGUCUAUCUUGGCAGAACACCCCGAACUAUUUCCCGAUUUUGCGUCUCUUGGCUGCGUAGGCAGUCUUGUCAGUCUUUUAGCACAUGACAAUACCGACAUUGCAAUAGAUGCAAUUGAGAUCAUUGGCGAGCUCACAGACGAAGACGUGGUUUCCGAGGAGGCGCAGUGGAAUGCUCUGGUCGAUGCUCUUCUAGAUGCCGAUCUACUUAGCCUGAUUGUGUCCAAUUUUUCUCGCCUGAACGAAGAGGACGAGGCCGACAGGAGCGGCGUCUACUAUUCCCUUGGAGUCAUUGAGAACCUCUGCUCCCGAAGCGCAGUAGCAACACGAAUUGGCCAAGAGGAUAAGUUAGUUCACUGGUUACUUGACCGUACCCAGAGGAAGGAACUCGCCGUAUCGCAGAACAAACAAUAUGCCGCUGAAAUACUUGCAAUUCUCUCUCAAGCAUCAGCGGAGAACCGCAAUGAGCUCAUCAAGCUUGAUGCGACCGAUAAAAUGCUUCAACUAGUCGCAUCCUACCUCCGGCGAGAUCCUGAAAAGGGAAGCGAAGAAGAGGAGUACAUGGAGAACCUUUUCGAGGCGCUCACGUGCCUCGUUGACGAACCUGAAGGCAAGACCAAGUUCAUAGAAGCAGAAGGUAUCGAGUUAUGCUUGCUCCUGUUCAAGGGUGGCAAGACGAGCAGAUCUCCUACCCUUCGUCUGCUGGACCACGCUACUGCCAGCAAGACAGGUGCAGAAGUAUGUGAGAAGCUGGUGGAUGCAGGCGGCCUCAAGGGUACAUUUACGCUCUUCAUGAAAUCCCAGGAUCACCGUCUCUUGAGCCAUCUGCUCAAUAUUUUUGCCUCAAUGCUCAGGCUUCUCCCUGCCAAUUCAGCGGAAAGGAUUCGCUUACUGGCCAAAUUUGUUGAGAAAGAUUACGAGAAAUUGCACAAGUUAACGAAGCUCCGACACGAUUACAGUCGCCAAAUCAAGCAAGCCGAGGAGAAGAACGAACAAGAACGGCUGUCCUCGAAGGGGGAUGAUAAAGAAGAGUUGGAAAUCGAAUGGCUGUCCAGAAGACAUGAUGCUGGCCUCUUCAUCCUGCAGGCCAUCGACGUGAUUCUCGCAUGGCUGUCUGCUGAGGAUGGUGGGGCAAGUCGCAAAAUCAAGCAGCUUCUGGCAGAACGGGAUGAGACUGUAGCAGUUAUCAAAGCAACACUCACAGAGCAAUUAGAAGCAUUGGAUACGGAGGAAGAGGACGGUCGAGAUUUAAAGGAUAUGUUAGGUACGCUCGUAGAGUUACUACGCUAG